AUGGGGGGCCGCGUGGAUGACAUGAAGAAGGCAGGGCUCAUGAAGUACGCUGCCAGUCUUGGAGCCCCCACCAGGAAGCCGGCGGCGCCGACGCAGCGGCGCGCAGUCAAAGACGUGCGCGAGGAUGGCAAGCUGCGGGAGGCCGCUCAGCGGCAGCCUUCCCCGGCGCGCGCGGGCGAGCCAGGCGCUGCCAGCUCCGACCGGGCGGCGCCGUCAGUUUCACACGGGCCCGCGUCGGUGCAGGCCCCGGCGCGCGCGGGCGAGCCAGGCGCUGCCAACUCCAGCCUGGCCGCUCCGUCCGUUUCACGCGGGCCCGCGUCGGCGGGGGCGCCAGGUGCGCGCGCGGGCGGGCCCGGCUCUUCCAGUUUGAACCAAGCACAGGUAGCGCCGUCCGCUCCCGCCACGGCUGCACGGAAACCGGUCGCGGGGGCGGCCGAUGUCACCUCCAGCGACGCGUGGGAAAUGAACCAGAAAGAGUUGCAUGCACUGGCGACCUCGUUGGGGGCCGGGACUCGGGAGAACAGGAAGAGCUCGGGGGCGCUCCGGGCGGCGCGCUGUCGCGCCCUCCCGCAGGCCCCGCAGCGACAGCACUCCCGGGCGGGCGCGAGUGAGCCAGGCGCUGCCAGCUCCGACCUGGCGGCGCCAGCAGCUUCGCGUGAGCCCGCGUCGGGGCCUCGCACUGCCAGCUCGAGCCAGGCGCCUCGCGCGAAUCGGAGGCUGGCGAUGCCGAAGAGCGCCAGGGCAGAGCGUGCUGGUGUCCUCGGCAGGGAGGGCAGCUGGAAGCGGGCGGCGGAAGAGUCUGCCAGGCUCUGCCAGCAGGACGGCCCCAGUCACUUACCGCCGUGUUACGCGGGGCUGUACCAGGAACCCCAGCGGAGGCUGACCUCGCAAAUGUGCGGGCGCCUGGAAAACGCGCAGUGGGCAACGUGCGUGGUGCGCUGGCGCGCGCGGUAUGAUUUGCCUGCCGAGUACGAGUUCUCGCACGCGCAGCAGGGGCUCAGGGCGCAGCAGGCUCCGUGGUUUGACCCAGGCGCGAGCGUCAUCACGAGGGCGUCGGUGGAGGAAGCGCAGUGCUACCUGGCGGCAAACUACCCUUCAGGGGGGUGCGAGAGCAUCGCCCGCAGACUGCACGACCCAGAGAGAAGGAGGACCAUCACGAUUUGCGGUGGUUGCCACAUGCACGUCGGCGAAGAUAACGUUCUCCCGCCCCCCGCCGGCGAGAUGCGCACGCGCGACUUCGUGGCGGGCCCGGAAAUGGUAUUGGCAUUGGCGCAUCCGCUCGUGCAGGUGCACACCACCCCUCGCACGGGUCAGUUGGCGCACGUCGGCCACAUCUGCAACUUUCGCCAAAAGGUCAGCAAGUUCCUCAAGAGUCUGCCGGUCAUGCCUGCGGACAUGCCUGUGGUGCACGUUCGCCCCCGCGCGCUAGGCUUUGCCGGCGCCAAGGGAAAGUCGGCGGGCCGGGCCUUAUUCAGAGUCGACAUCUCCAAACUCAAGGCUGCCUUUUUAUGGUCGAAGGCGAACAGCCCAUAUCAUGCGAAAGUUGAAUGGCGGGGCGACGCCGCCGACGCGUGGGCCGGCGACGACGUGGAGGUGGGCACGACGCGCGAGGCCGACAGCGACGCCUCCCAUGCCCCUCCGGUCACUCCGACAUGUUUCGCCAGGUGGAUGGAGCACGGCCGGACUGAAGCCGUCGCCGGUGACUUCGGGCAUGUGAUCGGGAACCGACUGCGGGAAGUCAUCUCGGACGGGGAUUGCGAUGACGAGGGCCCAGGUCCCGCCGGCGCCGCAGGCUCUCGCACGUGGGCGGAGGUCCGGCGCCUCGUUGCAGAUGUGUUCGGGAAAAACGUUUUUCGCAUGGCCACCACGCUUCCGCGGGAUAUCCCUGCAGUGGCCUUGGCCGCGCGGGGCGUCCUAGACCUGGGUUUACCUCGGGGCGGGGGCGCCACAGACACGCUUCGGGCACUCCGGUCCCUCGACACAGACGAGCGCCCGGUGGACCUCCACGUGUUCCGCGCCGAGCUGGACGCCGCCAUGAAGGAGGAGCACGACGAGGACCCGCAAGUCGUUCACGCUGGCACGACCGCGUCUGCCGAGGUGGGCGACGAUGUGGGGCCGCGGCAGGGGGUGCUCGACUCGCUGGCCCACGUGGCGCAGGAGGUCAUCGGGCGGCCAGUCGAUGAGCCAGGCUCUGCCAGCCCGCGCCCGGACGAGGCGCCUGAGGUGGGCGCGGCGACGGCGGGGGGCCCAUCGAACGACGCGCCGCGACAAGGACCCGCCGACGAGCCCACCGCGGCGCCAGGCUCUGCCAGCGCGUGCCCCGACGAGGACCCGCCGGCCCACGGUCGGCCGGUCAAGUACCCGCGAGUGGACCCUCCGGAGGUGGAGGACCAGCCCGGGCAGGCCAUACGGGAGGACACGCCUGGGUACAUUGCGAAAGCGUUCCCGAAAUUGCUUCCAUAUGGGGCCGGCGACUAUCGCGGCGCCAGGCCCUGCCAGCGCCGAACGCUUCGCUUCGAGGAGUGGGGUCGGCAUGUGAUGUUGUGGCACGACGGCCGGCUCAUGCGCCACACCCGCUUUCGGCACUGGCUCCUGGACACCAUGCUCCGGGCCAUGGUCCCAGGCGCCCAGCGGACCUUCCGCGCGCGCAAGGCGUGCGAGGAGUGCUCGGUCAUGGACAAGACCAAGCGGCGCGAGCUGGUGCAGCAGAUGUCCACUGUGACGAAUCUGAUACCGGGACCCAUCGGCGAGAGGCGGAAGAUGCGUCAGGAGCUCGAGGCGAUGGUCCACCAGAUCGAAGCAGAGACGGCUGACCUCGGAAUGAACGGGGGCGCCGGCAGGAUCCCGUCUGGCUUUCGCACACUCACGCGCAGCGUGUACAAAUGGGCACAAUUGCACGCGACGUUGCUCAAGGCGUGCCCGUCCAGCGACGCUGCGGUGGCGCGGCAUUGCGCGGUGAAGCUGGAGAUGGCCACCGCCUUGACCGACGCCUUGCUGACCGACGAUGCGCCUGGGCGCGCCGACGCGCAGCAGAAAGUCGAGGCGGAGCUGGCCCCCCGCACGGGGGUCGACAUCUCCGUGGACGACAUCCCUGACUUGAGCCACUUCGGCCAGGGCGGCAUCAACCAUGCCCACAUGGCCUUCUGGGUGAUCGGUGCUCCUCGCAUCGACAUGGUCGAGGCGCCCAGAGAACCAGCCCCGGGCUCUGCCGGGGUGGAGAUCGAAGCGCCUCUGUCUGGCCAACAUGCGGUGCCGCAGGCGCAGGCGGCGGAUCGCUCUGCCAGCCCAGACUUGGCAGGCGAAGUCGGGGUGCGCCAGGGGAUCGGGCCCGCGCGCGAGAAGCAGGUGCGAUCUCCGGAGAGUAUAUCGCAUGAGGCCCACGCCCGCUGUCUGUUGGGCAGUCUGGACUCCGGCGGCGCCGACAGCGAUCGUUGUUGGGCCGACUUGGUCGACGUGCUGGAAGGGUGUUCCAGGACACCGCGCGAAGUCUUGGAGGCGGAGUUCCUUGAGCCAGGCUCUGCCAGCUUGGAGGCACGCCAAGCGAGGGCCAGACUUCGUUUCGUCGCGGCUCUUGCAGAAUGGGUGAACAUGCACGACCUGCACAAACCCUGCGCCGUGGGCCCACCUGCAAAAGACCAGCCGCGCGCGCACGUGGACGACGAACGCUCCAACAUGGAGCGAGUCUCUUGUAAGAAGUUGUCCCCACGAAAGACCGCGACCCCUGGCGAGGAGGAGGUCGCGGAGGGCCAGGGCCGGCGUGACUUGCACAGGCUGUGGCUGGCCCGGAACUGCAACUUCCUGAACAAUUUCGCCCGGGCUGUCAUGCUGGCGACGCUGUCGAACAUGGACUUCCGAGCCACUCUCACCAAAGACGCGGUCAUCGAGUACAUGACGAAGUAUACAUGA